UCAUCGGGGGAUAUUGUUAUUUUAUUAUUCUUUUUGGCCCAUCAGGCACAUUACCCUCACGCCUGAUCUCUCGUGCAACUUGACAUUCUUCUUUCAUUCUUUACACCUAUCUUUUUUCUUAGACCCCCCUCUCAUAUAUAUACAUACAAGUCAUACAAAUUGAGACGGCAGUUCCCUCAAGUCGCAGCGCUGCGCCCCUCGCCUCCGACUUCCGCUCUUCCGCCCACCCCGGCAUCAUGCGGUUGAUCGCUCAUCUGCUCCCCCUUCUGCUGGCCGGCAUCCUACCCUCCUAUGCCAAAGAUGAAGCCACAACAAUCACUUCAGCAGGGGAUGGGGCACUCGUCCUGACCGGAUCGAUCACCACCUCCAUUAGCGAAGCGACCCUCCCGACAGGUGACUAUCUCUCAUACGCCUCGACGAUCACGCUUUCCAACCACCACACGACCGGAACUAGCACCAAGGUUGGGGUCAGCACCAUCACCGAUGCUAGCUCCUCGGGCAAUGCAACGGCCACGACGACAAGCUCGCGCUCGAGCACUAGCUCGAACUCUGUGACGCUGCUGAUGGGUGGUGGCCACCAUACCAUGAAUGGCACAGCCAAUGCGACGACGACCUCCACCACCUCCGCAACAUCGACCCCGGUCGUCAACACGCAGCCCUGCAAUGGCUACUCCGACUUCUGCUCGCGCAAGUACUCCAACAUUACCAUGGUCGCCGCCCACAACAGCCCGUUUGUCAAAUCGGGCAACGCUGCGGCCAACCAGGCCUAUAAGGUGACGGAUCAGCUGAAUGAUGGCAUUCGCAUGCUGCAAUUCCAGACCCACUUGAUCAACGGGACCUUGUAUCUCUGUCACACGAGCUGCGAGAUGCUCAACGUUGGCACGCUGGAGGACUACCUGACCACCGUGACCACCUGGAUCAAGACGCACCCUUACGACGUGGUCACGAUCCUGAUCGGCAACUACGACUACGUGGAUCCGGGAAAUUUCACGGCCCCCGUCCAGAACUCGGGGCUGAUGGACUAUGUGUGGACGCCGCCGAAGAUCCCCAUGGCGUUGGACGACUGGCCGACGCUGUCGAACAUGAUUCUGUCCGGGAAGCGCGCGGUCGUCUUCAUGGACUACCAGGCCAACCAGACCGCCUACCCGUGGCUCAUGGACGAGUUCUCGCAGAUGUGGGAGACCCCGUUCUCGCCGACCGACGCCGCAUUCCCCUGCACGGAGCAGCGCCCGCCGGACCUGUCGGUCCAGGACGCCAAGAACCGGAUGUAUAUGGCCAAUCACAAUCUGAACCUGGAUGUGAGCAUCGGCAGUAUCAGUCUGCUGAUCCCCAACACGGCCAUGCUGAACCAGACCAAUGCGGUGUCGGGCUACGCCAGUCUGGGCCUGAUGGCCGAGAACUGCACCGAUACAUGGGGCCGGCCGCCGAAUUUCCUGCUGGUCGACUACUACAACUACGGCAACUUCAACGGGUCUGUGUUCGAGGUGGCUGCCGAGAUGAACAACGUCACAUACAGCGGCACAUGCUGUGGGACGGCCUCCGCGGCCCCGAUAGUGCUGCCGGGGCCCAACAUGCUAGUCGUUCUGCGCCACGAAGGCGCUGCCGAGCCCAGAGGGCCUGUGGCUCGACUGGAUCGUCGAGGGCUGCUGGGACGGGGCAUUUCGCAGCGCGCACCGCCUCCGGCGAUCGAGCGUGUACGCCGGCUCCCUUCCUUCUUGCGUGAGUCCUAG